UCUUUUGUGUAUGUGAGUUGAGGAAAUUUGGCAGAGGCGGCAACAGGAAGGCAGGGUGACGGCUGACAAAAUAAAAACAGUCCAGUUGGGCAGCAACAGAAGUGCGUGUUCUCACUUUCCCUACGUGUAGGUCAAGAAAAACGAUGCAGCCGGUGGAUACAGUAGGAAACGUGCGUAGUGCGUCCGCUUUGUAAAAACACGCAGCUGGUGAGCGCAGCUUCUCGUCUCUUCUCCGGUUGUUUCUCCCGCAGUUUCGGUUCUGCACACUCCCCCCUCAGCUCACGUAAACACCCGAUUCACCCUUGAAUUUAAGUUUGGGUGAUUCCGACAGUUUAGUCGCGAACACGCAGAAAGAUCCGGCCGGAGUUGACGGGCGCCCGACAGUUGCUGCAGCUCGUCCCCCCCCCCUCCUUCACGCCGUCCAAGAAAAAAAAAAAAAACUAGCGACACUAGUUAUCUGUCCAAAGUGCGCUGAACCUGGUGUGAAGUGAUACGUUCCGGCUUUUGGUUUUAGUGUCAUCGGUUCACAGCGCACGGACAGGUCGUCCUCCGACUCUGCAGCUGAAGCCCUUCAUGUAGAAGAAAAUGGACGUGGAACUUGGCGGAUUUCUUAACCAGAACAGCACCUAUGAUUAUAAUGAGGACUAUAUGUAUAAUGAGGAAGGCAGUGAGGCGGUGUUGAUCCCGGUCCUGUACUCCGUGAUGUUAGUUGUAGGUCUGCUGGGGAAUGUGCUGCUCCUGGCUGUUCUGGCACAGAAGAGGCGAUCUUGGAGCGCAUCUGACACCUUCAUCCUUCACCUCGCUGUCGCGGACAUCCUUCUGUUGGUGACGCUGCCCCUCUGGGCUUUACUGGCAGCUCAGCAUUAUGGAUGGCGCUUUGGAGGUUUUCUCUGCAAGAUCAGUGGAGCUGUUUUUAAUAUCAACUUCUACUGUGGGAUGUUUCUGCUGGUUUGCAUCAGUCUAGAUUGCUGCCUGUCCGUCGUCCACACUACUCAGCCGUACAUCCACCUGAAACCUGCGUUAGCUCAUUUCAGCUGCCUUUUGGUCUGGCUCCUCUCCCUGCUCUUCACCAUCCCUGACUGGAUUUUUCUAAUGGCUGGGGAAGAUGCAAAACAAGAGAAAACACUGUGUAUUCACAACUAUUCUCAGUCAGGAGCCCUCUGGCAGCUGUUGUCACGCCUGCUCCACCACACAUUGGGCUUCCUGCUGCCUGCAGUCACCCUGAUCUUCUGCUGGUCCUGUAUCCUGCUACGGCUGCAGCGCAGAUCUAAAAGGCUCCAGAAGCAGAGAGCCAUCAUGGUCAUCCUGCCCCUGGCCGUGGUCUUCUUUCUCUGCUGGACGCCAUACAACAUCACUCUCAUCGUGGACACCUACAGGAACAGCUCAAAGGAACCUCACAAAGGUUCAUCUGGAAAUCCUGAAGGUUCCCUGGAAACAGCUCUGAUGGUCACAUCUGCUAUGGGCUGCCUUCAUGCCUGCCUCAGGCCUCCGGUCUAUCUCAUCCUGUGUGGAAACUUCAGGAAGCGAACUCUGGGCUUUCUGAGAUGUGCUACAGAUGAAUCUACAGGUUCGCUGUGGGAGUUGGGUGUGGGCGAGAAAGCCCUGCCUGACCAGAGUCAGGAGGGGGAAGAGCUAAAACAGAUCACAAGUGUAGAGCAUCAGGUGCAUCCAACUCAGUGCUGAUGACCAGACAAAAAUGUCCUCCUGUGACUCAGAAGGGAAAUGAACAUUGUUCCACCCCUGGAGGAAUUGAGUGUGAACUCAUGUCAUGGGUUCAAGGGGGUCGAGGAACGUAUUCUGUGAAAUGAUGAGAAAUACCAAAAAAUUACUCUCUCACGUUGCACUUGCACUCACUAAUGUGAAGGUCUCAGAGUCGUGUCAUUGUGACAAGUACUGCUGUUCUUGUAUAUUUGGAUCAUUAUUGCACAACUUUAGCUUGUUACCCUAAAUCAUGAUUUUUAUUAUUCAAUUGUAGCUAUAUAUAUUUUUUGUGUAUUAAUAUUAUUGUGAUUAUGACCAUUAUUAUUUAGAGUACAGCGUUUUUAUACAUUGUGAAAAAUCUGUUGUGUCAGUGAACAGUUUUCAGUUGUUAAACAAUCAUCAUAAAGCUAAUGCCAUAAUCAUUGAAAUUCGAAGGAAUAUAAGCUCUUAUCCUUGCCUGUGUUAAUGUGUGCCUGCAUUUACGGUCUGCCACAGUUUAUAACUUUAUUUCUGAAAACAUAUAGACUGUUUCACUUUUAAUUUUACAAUUUCAGUUUUCAUUUUACAAGUUACAUGUCACUUCUGCUUUACUUUUAGCAGUAAAGACUGUGGAUUCCACAAUUGCACAGUGACUGUGGAUUUCUGUGUGUGGCCAUGAUGCAGUGAGGGAAUUUCCCUCUGCAAAUCCCAUGGUCUUUUAUCUUUUCGACUUCACUGUUGCAAAAUGGAUUUGUUUGGACUGUAGGAAACAGGAUGACAGAAACAGGUGGUGAGGUCAUCGGUCAGGUGACAGAGCGAGAACAAAACGCCCCCUUUUCAUAGCUCUCUGUUUACUCUCAUCUGAAGACUUGUCUGUUGGAGGGGAGGGAACUGUGGACUGCUUUGUGUGUAAGGGCAGUUGAAUGGAAACAGAGAAUGUUGUUCGGUAAAUAGGGGAAAGAAGGGGAGUUAGGAAAGUUAAAAUCUUCAUAUAAACAUCACAGCACAUGUUGUGCAGAGUGCCAGCUCUGGGGUCUUACCACCACACCGCUGCGCAGGUUAUAGCCUGCCCAGGCAAGCCUGAGUUCUGGGCUCAGUGCAAGAUAAUAAUGUUAGCAGGUGUAAAUGUGACCUGAAAUAAAGUGUACUUUCACAAUUAGCUAUUCUUUUAGAAAUACUCGAUGUACAAUAAUUGCACACUUGAAAAGAAACUGUUUCCUUUCCCACAGUCCUAUAUUCCCUCCUCUUUUGCUGUAACUUCAGUGGCACUGAAGUUCAUCCAGAGCUGAAGCCUUAUGAAGAACGUCUGAGAAAUGCUGGUUGAGUGUAACAGCAGCAACUCAUCAUAUUUAUUGCAUUACUUGUUAUAAUUAGUCUUGAGCACUGCAUCAGAUUGAAGUGGGGUUUUUUUUUUCUGCUUUAGACAGUUAGCUAAGAUAGAGACAAAGACUUUUCUUGAAUGAUCAUCAGCACCAACAUAAACCUUGUUGUCCACAAGACAGGGAAUUGACCCCCCUCCCAAAAAAAAAAAAAAAAAAAUCAAGGCACACUGC